UCUCCUUGCUGAGAUCUAGGAAGCCUGACGGAUUGACCUUGGGACCUUCACCCUGCAAAGCACCCAGAAACCCCUCCCACCCCCACCGGAGUCCAGUCGUCACUCAGGAAUCAAGCAGAUUCCCAACCACCCACCUUCCUAGCUUUCAGACGCAGCCGAGAGGCACACAGCAGUCCUUUCUACAGAGUAAGUAGCCCAGGAGAAUCUGGACUGAGCCAUGAGUUUUGCCAUCCGCCCCUGCGCCCCAAAGGACCUGAAGGACAUCAUGCGACUGGUGAAGGAGAUUGCGGGCAUUUACAACGUCCCUCUGGGCUCGCUCAGGACCAAUGUCGAAGAGCUGAAGAAAGCCGGUUUUGGGGCGCAGGCCCGAUACGAGUGCCUUGUGGCCGAAGUCCCCGCCGAAGAGAAAAGCAAAGAAGGCCACACCCUUAUCGGGUACACCCUCUUCUCGUACACCUAUAACACCUGGAGGGGAAAGAACAUCUACAUGGACAAUCUUUACGUCAUGCCGGAAUUUAGAGGGAGGCGGAUCGGGAAGGCGCUGAUGGAGCAGGCGGGUGAGGUUGCCUGGCGCCAAGGCCUCAGCCAACUCCGGAUGCACGUUUCCUCCCAGAAGGCGGACGUCCUGAGCUUCCUCGAGAGGAGGGGAGGCGAAAACCUGACCGACAAGGACGGCUGGCACCUCCUGCGUUUCCCCAACGAGGCCCUGAGGAGGCUGGCAGCUGAGAAGAGAUUCUAGCGGGCUCUGGGUUCGAAUCCUACCCUCCACACCUAGGCUCCUGGUUAGAGAGGGGGGAUGGAUAGCCCGCGAUGCAGGGGCAGCAAAAGCGAGUGCAGAGGAGGAGUUUGGGUAAGAGGAGAAGAGUCACAGAAUCACAGGAGGGACCUCCUGCGGCCAUCUAGACCAACCCCAUGCAAUGCCAGGGUUGUUGCAAAAUAAAUAAAUAAAUAAAUAAGUCUGUGAAGAAGCCUGAAGAAAUUUUCUGAUGAA